AUGGGGCAGUGCGAUGCUGAUCGGGAAGUGUUACCAGUGAAAUACGGUAACGAUACAAAACGUCUGAUGUUCGACUACCUCCGUACUAUCGCCACAAACAUCACGAAAGCUUUUCCAAAAUCGAAGGUCAGUAGUCCUUCAAAGGAGGAUAGGUUCCUACAAGCCGAAGAACAUGGUGAACUUUUCAGCGAUUUCCACGGUUUUAUUCUCACAGGCUGGCAAAGGUACGAUCACUUUGCCUCGCUAUGCGAACUGAUGCCUGUCUCCAUGGCCUCUCUUGCCAUUAACCUCAAAAUUGUUCGGAAUUUCGUAGUUACAGACAGUGAUGCCGAAAUGUUCCUUCGAGUGCUAAAAUGUCCAUCGGAAACAACCAUGAGUGAACUGAUUUCCGGAGAGGACAAAUGUCACUUUGCAGGUUACAAAGUUCGUGAUUCAAUACGGGAUUUCAUGUCGGUGAAACAACACUAUGACAACGCUUCUUGGGUUCAUAACAGGUGA